CUUUAUAUGCACACACCAUCACCCUUCGAUCAUUUCCGUGAGACCACUCCACACACAACAAUAAUGAAACAAAACAACACUAUUCUCCUCAGAUUCAUCAUACUCAUAUUAUCCAGUUAUGGCAUUGCCAUAUGUAACCUUUGCUCUACCAACCCUUUCCCCACCCCCCUUCUAGAACGUAAUGGUUCAUCAUCACUGAGGGGGGGCCUAAAACUAGAGGGGUACCUUAGCUUUGACCAUAUUGACCAUGCAGCCAAAGACUUUGGGAACACACACCAUUUCCUCCCAGCAGCAGUGUUAUACCCCAAAUCGGUUUCGGAUAUCUCUUCGGUGAUCAAACACGUCUCCGGUUUGGGGCUAACGGUUGCUGCGAGAGGGCGCGGCCACUCGCUGCAAGGGCAGGCGCAGGCUAACAAUGGUGUGGUGAUCCACAUGGAAUCGCUCCGCGUGCCACGAAUGCGAUUCCAAACAAUCGGGAGCAACUUCUCCUAUGUUGAUGUCUCAGCUGGGGAGCUGUGGAUAAACCUACUGCAUGAAAGUCUUAAACAUGGGCUUACCCCCAAAUCUUGGACUGAUUAUCUUCAUUUAUCCAUUGGGGGGACUCUGUCUAAUGCUGGGAUUAGCGGCCAAGCAUUCCGGCAUGGCCCCCAGAUCAACAAUGUUUACCAGCUUCAGGUUGUCACAGGAAUAGGAGAAGUCACGACUUGUUCAGAGGAACAGAAUACUGAACUGUUCAACGCUGUACUUGGAGGACUUGGACAAUUUGGUAUCAUCACUAGAGCAAGAAUUGCCCUUGAACCAGCACCCAAUAUGGUUAGGUGGAUACGAGUUCUGUAUUCAGAUUUUGCCAAAUUUGCCAAGGACCAAGAGGCCCUCAUAUCAUCAAAGGAUUCUUUUGAUUAUGUUGAAGGGUUUGUGGUAAUUAAUCGAUCCGGUCUGGUCAGUAGCUGGAGGUCUACUUUUGAGCCUAAGGACCCGGUUCAAGCCACCCAGUUCAGUUCUGAAGGAAAAACGCUCUUCUGCUUAGAGGUUGCCAUGUACUUCAAUCCAGAGGAGGCUAGUUUUCUGGAGAAGAAGAUUGACAGCCUUCUAUCAAAGCUGAGCUACAUAAACUCCACGCUCUUCCAUACAGAAGUUCCUUAUGUGGACUUUCUGGAUAGAGUGCACACUUCAGAGAUGAAACUCCAGGAAAAAGGAUUGUGGGAGGUCCCACACCCAUGGCUAAACCUUAUGAUUCCAAAGACGAAAAUCCAUGCCUUCGCCACAGAGGUUUUCGGAAACAUUUUCACUGACACUAGCAAUGGCCCCAUUCUCAUUUACCCUGUCGAUAAAUCUAAGUGGAAGAAGGGGACAUCUUUGGUUACUCCUGAGGAUAAUAUUUUCUACCUAGUAGCAUUUUUGAGCUCUGCAAACCCAUCAUCUACUGGGAAAGAUGGACUGCAACACAUCCUUUUACAAAACAGAAGAAUUUUAGAAUUCUGCACGAAGGACAAGAUUGGGAUGAAACAAUACUUGCCCCAUUACAACACUAGGGAGGAGUGGAGAACUCAUUUUGGCAGCCAGUGGGAGACCUUUGUCAAAAGGAAAUCCCUUUAUGACCCGUUGGCAAUCCUGGCUCCUGGACACAAAAUUUUCCGAAGAAUAUCUUAGUGGACGAGCCCAAUGAUGAAUGAAUGUCUUAGUGCACAGAUCUGUUAGCAUACCAGAAUAGUUAUAAACUUAUAAUGCAUUAAUUUGUUGUGAAAAGUGUACUUCUAGUGUAGAUAGAUAAGCACAUAGAAUAUAUUAUGGGAAGAAAAUAACUUUGCACCAUAGCGUUUAAUUUAAUAUUCGGAUCGUUAAAUCAUGGGUACUCCCCAAG